GUUAGCAAAGACUGGAACGCACGGUAUUGCCACAGUGCGCAGUAUUAUAUUUGCAUUAAUUGAAUUUUCAAAAUGCAUUUGGCACAGUUAUUUUUCGUGUUUGCAACAUGUAUGCCCAUAAUCAACGUCUUGGGUUCAGGUGAAUUUGAAAUUGACGUAACAGGAGUGUACAAUGACAACAUUGACAUGUUGAAUAUAACAUUCAAAGAAACUUUGAAAUCACCACCAGCUGACAAUAUGCUUACAGCACUGACGGGCAGGACAAUGCAAGUGUGCAGUUAUUAUUGCCGAUGGAAUGCAAAGAAGAAUAAAUAUUACAAAAAAUGUUCACGCAUGUCAAAGAAAGGGUUUUGCAAGUUUUGUCGAAAAACUAUAUGCAAUUCAGGAGCGAUAAUCUCAUAGAUCGCGAGAAGCAUGAAAUAAACCAGCAGAAUAUUAAAUUUUAUUGAAUAAAAAGUCAAACUAUUUUGAUUUUUUUUUGAAUAAAUUUGAAAAUUCCUAUAUUGGGAUUUUUUUGAAUCAAGCUACGAUGUUAGGAUAUGUGAUCUUUAUCUAGAACCAAAAAUCUGCUAAAGAUGUGAAGUCAAAACAAGAACAACCUGUACCAAAUAGUUUUUAUUUUUUUCGAAAAAUACUCAUUAUAUGAUGACAUA